CUGGCAGAAGCGGGAGGAGAGGUGACAGCUCCGGUUGUUAUGGUGAAGCAUUUCCCUGGAGGGGCUGGCCGUGGCAGGCAGGAGCAGCGCGCAGCCAGCAGAAGACACACUUACGCAGAGUCAACAACACAGUUGCUGCUGGAAGACGGGUGAUUGUGACGUCUGUGUCCAAUGUCAUCAUGACGACCUGUCAAAAGGUUCCCAGUCUACAAUGGUGUUAUAUAAAAAGCGCUCACAUCCUGUGUAAGCUGCAGUAGGCCUUGUGUAGACAUUACAGAUUCCAGCUACCUGUAGCCACAAUACAUUCAUUUUGGGUCCAAGUCUUGGACCAAUAUGGAUUACAAGCUCAGAGGGAACAUCUAACCUUAAAAUAAAUUGGACUCCAACAGUGGAUCUUUGACCAAGUUUCCUGCCAAUGACAUGGAGAGGACUCUGUUGCAGUCAUCACCUCGGAUGCUUUUGGUCCGGACACAUUUUUCUUACAUCUGUUUUCCUGCCAUGGUCUGAAAGAUGGGACAGAGACAUUGUGGUUGUUCUAUAUGUUGCCCCUUCCUGCAAUCAUUGAUAUAUAGGUAAUCUAAUCCCCCAACAUAGAUUUGAAUCAGAGUAUAUUUUUAGUUCCUAACAAAGACCUGUUUUGAAGUUUAGGAGACAAAUGGAUGCCUAGAAUAUGGAUUAAACACAAUUUCAGUUAAGUGAAGCACAAGUAUUUAGUGUGUGGUGGCGUUAUGGCAGCAGACCACGGCGAGUUGCUCUCGGAGAUGUCCACUGUCGGCCGUCUGAGCGCCACCGAACGCCUCAAGCACGCUCAGAGACGGCGCGUGCAGCAGCUGAAGGCUUGGGGUCAGAUGGAGAAGGAUGCAGCUCGUGGAUCUAAGGCCAAAGCGGACAAGAAGAAGGAGCGUAGCAGAAAAGUUAAAUUUCCCAGCGCCAUCACCCUUCUUGACGCAACAACACGCAAUGACGUGGAUGAGGUAAGAGAGUUGCUCAACAGUGGCGUGAGUCCAGAUCUGGUCAACGAGGAUGGACUGACUGCCCUCCAUCAGUGCUGCAUCGAUGACUAUGUGGGCGUGGUGCAGUGCCUGCUGGACGCUGGUGCCUGCGUCAACGCCUGCGACAGCGAGCUGUGGACACCACUGCAUGCUGCUGCUACCUGUGGGCAUACUGGGCUGGUGCAGCUCCUUAUUCAGGCAGGGGCCAACCUGCUGGCUGUCAAUGCGGAUGGCAACAUGCCCUAUGACCUAUGUGAGGACGAGGCCACUCUGGAGCUCCUGGAGAUGGUCAUGGCAGAACAGGGGAUAACGCAGGUGCGCAUAGAUGAAUGCAGAGGAGCUAAAGAGGCAGCCAUGCUUGCUGACAUCAGAGCUCUUGUUCAGAAUGGAGCUGACUUAAACAGUCGGGAUGAUAAUGGAGCAACACUGCUCCAUAUAGCAUCGGCUAAUGGCUACCUGUCAGUGGCUGAGCUGCUGCUGGAGCACAGGGCUCAAGUGGAGGUGAAGGACGGUGAUGGCUGGACGCCGUUACAUGCUGCCUCCUGCUGGGGACAAAUCCAAAUGGUUGAACUGCUGGUGGCCCAUGAAGCCAGCUUGGACACCAAGUCUGUCCUGGAGGAGACUCCCCUUGAUGUGUGCAUGGAUGAGGAGGUUAGAGCAAAACUGAUGGACCUCAAGCACAAACAUGACACCAUCAUGAAAAGCCAUGACCGACAGAAAGGCACCCUGCAAAGACGGGCUUCCAGUACUGGCAGCAGAGGGAAAGUUGUGCGUCGCGUCAGCGUGAACGAGCGCUCCAGCCUGUAUCGACGGGAGCACCACAAAGAGGCCAUGGUGUGGCAAGAGAGGGGUCGUCAGCACGAGCCACAAGACGACGAUGAGGACCGGCAGACUGACAACGAGCUGCACCAGCAUGUUGCUGCAGGUGGAGCCACGUCGCAUGCAGAUGAGUCAACCGUGGUUCCAAGCACUAACAGUGUUCCCAGCCUAGGCAAUGGAGGGACAUCUGCUUCUCUAUCCUCUUCUGUGCCGGGGGAGCAGUGGACCGGCGGAGGUCGCAUGGAACGCAGCGCCUCCUACCAGCUCAGCCCAGCACCUGCUCCCGUAGAGGAUGAAGGCACGGAUAAUAUGACGCGGGAAAAAUCCCACCACACACUGGCUGACCUGAAACGACAACGAGCGGCAGCCAAGCUCAAUAAGUACCCUGCGCCCCCUCCACCUUUGUCCCCACCCUUGGAGGAGGAGACUCCUGCUGCGUUGGCCCAGGCGACAAGUCCUCAGGGCCACACGGCGACACCCAGCGCUGAGUCGGCAGUGUCCCCCAGUCAGGUGUUCUUCACGCCAGCCAGUGGAGACCCUCCCCUUCUGAAACUGCGUGCCCCAGAGGAGGAGCAGUCUUCCAGCAAAGAACCUUGCUGUGGACUAAUGUAGAAGUGGGCUUCAAAAAAGAGACGGUUUCUUUGGAGCAAUUCAGCGUGUCUGUCACUUUAUGCCAAUCAGACAUGUAACAAGCGUUAUUUUUACACUUUCCUCGUCAUUUCAUAAAGAGCUGCUUCACCUAAGCCUUAGAAAAAUGCCAACAUUGCAUAUGUUGACUGAAUUGUUGCUCAUGAUUUAUUGUUAUUAUUAAGAUUAAACUAAUGAGCUUCUACUUUCUAGCACAAACGACAAUGGUACAUAAACAUUUCUAUUCAUA